AUGACUGAGCCCAACAUGAGCCUAGUGACCACCAACAUCAGCGGGGCCGGGAGCGACAACCUGGGGUAUGGAACAGGGAACUUCUACCGUCCGUUUUCAGUGUUCAGCGUGCUAACCCUCACCCUGCUAGCCAUGCUGGUGGUGGCCACCUUUGUUUGGAACCUCCUGGUUCUCCUCACCAUCCUGAGGGUGCGGACCUUCCACCGUGUGCCCCACAACCUGGUGGCUUCCAUGGCCAUUUCAGACGUGAUGGUGGCUGCCCUGGUCAUGCCACUGAGCCUGGUACACGAGCUCAAUGGGCGGCUGUGGAAGCUGGGCCGCGUGCUCUGCCAAGUGUGGAUCUCCUUCGACGUGCUCUGCUGCACGGCCAGCAUCUGGAACGUGACCGCCAUCGCCCUGGACCGCUACUGGUCCAUCACCAGACACUUGGAAUACACGCUCAAGACUCGCAAGAGGAUCUCCAAUGUGAUGAUCGUACUCACCUGGCUGCUGUCCUCAGUCAUCUCCCUGUCGCCACUGUUCGGCUGGGGGGAGACCUACUCAGAGGAGGGCAUGGAGUGCCAGGUGAGCCAGGCACCCUCCUACACCAUCUUCUCCACCUUCGGAGCGUUCUACCUGCCGCUGUGCGUGGUGCUCUUCGUCUACUGGAAGAUCUACAAGGCGGCCAAGUUCCGCAUCGGCUCGCGCAAGACCAACACCAUCACGCCUAUGGCUGAGGUGAUUGAGGUGAAGGAGGCAUCGGGGCAGCCCCAGAUGGUGUUUACUGUGCGCCACGCUACGGUGACCUUUCAGAUGGACGGCGACACGUGGCGCGAGCAGAAGGAGAAGAAGGCGGCGCUGAUGGUGGGCAUACUGAUCGGCGUCUUCGUCCUCUGCUGGAUCCCCUUCUUCCUCACAGAGCUCAUCAUCCCGCUGUGCCACUGCGACAUUCCGCCCAUCUGGAAGAGCAUCUUCCUGUGGCUGGGCUACUCCAACUCCUUCUUCAACCCACUAAUAUACACAGCUUUCAACAAGAACUACAACAACGCCCUGAAGAACCUGUUCUCCCGCCAACACUAA